AUGUGGGCCCCAGGGUGUCAUCGGUUCUGGUCCCACUGGGGGCUGCUGCUGCUGCUCCUGGGGGCACCCCUUCGAGGCCUAACACUGCCACCCAUCCGAUAUUCCCAUGCGGGCAUCUGCCCCAACGACAUGAACCCCAACCUUUGGGUGGAUGCCCAGAGCACCUGCAAGCGAGAGUGUGAAACUGACCAGGAAUGCGAGACCUACGAGAAGUGCUGCCCCAAUGUGUGUGGGACCAAGAGCUGUGUGGCAGCCCGCUACAUGGAUGUGAAAGGGAAGAAGGGCCCUGUGGGCAUGCCCAAAGAGGCCACUUGUGAUCACUUCACGUGUCUGCAGCAGGGCUCCGAGUGUGACAUCUGGGAUGGACAGCCCGUGUGCAAGUGCAAAGACCGCUGUGAAAAGGAGCCCAGCUUCACCUGUGCCUCUGACGGCCUCACCUACUACAACCGCUGCUACAUGGAUGCCGAGGCCUGCUCCAAGGGCAUCUCCCUGGCCGUGGUCACCUGCCGCUAUCAUUUUACCUGGCCCAACACUAGCCCUCCACCGCCCGAGACCACUGUACAUCCUACCACGGCCUCUCCGGAGACUCUGGGGUUGGACAUGGCAGCCCCGGCCCUGCUCAACCAUCCUGUCCAUCAGUCAGUCACCGUGGGUGAGACUGUGAGUUUCCUCUGUGAUGUGGUAGGCCGGCCCCGGCCGGAGCUCACUUGGGAGAAACAACUAGAGGAUCGAGAGAAUGUGGUCAUGAGGCCCAAUCAUGUCCGUGGUAACGUGGUGGUCACCAACAUUGCCCAGCUGGUCAUCUACAAUGCCCAGCUCCAGGAUGCUGGCAUAUACACUUGUACAGCCCAGAAUGCUGCUGGAGUCCUAAGGGCUGACUUCCCAUUGUCAGUGGUCAGGGGAGGUCAGGCAAGGGCCACCUCGGAGAGCAAUCUCAAUGGCACGGCCUUCCCAGCAACUGAGUGCCUGAAGCCCCCAGACAGCGAGGACUGUGGAGAGGAGCAGACACGCUGGCACUUCGAUGCCCAGGCUAACAAUUGCCUCACUUUUACCUUUGGCCACUGCCAUCGCAAUCUCAACCACUUUGAGACCUAUGAGGCCUGCAUGCUGGCUUGUAUGAGUGAGCCACUGGCCACAUGCAGCCUGCCUGCCCUUCAGGGGCCCUGCAAAGCUUACGUACCACGCUGGGCCUACAACAGCCAGACAGGCCUAUGCCAGUCCUUCGUCUACGGAGGCUGUGAGGGCAAUGGCAACAACUUUGAAAGCCGAGAGGCCUGCGAGGAGUCAUGUCCCUUCCCACGGGGCAACCAGCACUGUCGGGCCUGCAAGCCACGGCAAAAGCUUGUCACUAGCUUCUGCCGAAGUGAUUUUGUCAUCCUGGGCAGGGUCUCGGAACUGACUGAGGAGCCGGAUUCAGGCCGUGCCCUGGUGACCGUGGAUGAGGUCCUAAAAGAUGAGAAGAUGGGCCUCAAGUUUCUGGGCCGGGAGCCACUGGAGGUCACUCUGCUUCACGUAGACUGGGCCUGCCCUUGCCCCAACGUGACCGUGGGCGAGACACAGCUCAUCAUCAUGGGGGAGGUAGCAGGGGGCAUGGCCAUGCUGAGACCUGACAGUUUUGUGGGCACCUCGAGCACCCGGCGGGUAAGGAAGCUUCGUGAGGUCAUGCACAAGAAAACCUGCGAUGUCCUCAAGGACUUCCUGGGCUUGCGCUGAAGCUGGCCAACCUACCCUGACCCUCCUCCACCCACCCACCCCCUGCCCUCAGUCAGCCAAACGGGCAAGAUCAGAUUAGGCAGCCGUGGCCACAGGAGAAACAUCAGCUAACAUGUGGGAAGAAAGUCACCAUACGUCUGAAAAUGACCUCUAGUCUUGGGGUUCAAUAGAAGGCCCAUUUCUUUUUAAACUGGGAGGGAAGUUGGCAAAAGGAGAAGAAAAGACACAUCUAAGUUAUUUCCCACGAGUGGUCCCCUCAGGUAGUCUCAUCCCCUUUGCUGACUCAUGUCCCUCUGCCCAGUCUCCUAGCCAGGAGAUGGCAUCUACACUGUUAAAUGGUUUAGCUUGCAUAGAGGUUAUGUGGGGAGAGAUAAGAGAGUCCAAAGAUUGCUUAAGACAACUUCCCCACUGCCUUCUGCAUCACUGUAAACAGAGACUGCCUCAUAUCAAGGGUUGUGAGCCAUGGGAAACCAGAGCACUGUCCAACCCAGGAUAUAACCUAUCUUAUGGAGGCUUCAGGGACUGUGGCCUUUGGUGGGGUCAGUUUGUGUCCCUGAGGCUACCACACCAGCAAAAUCAUGUUUUCUCUCCUUAGCUGCAUUGGUUGUUUGGUUGGUUUCUGUUCAUUUCAGCGCAGUGGACACUUCUUGGGUGCCAGGUGCUAGGACCAUAGAACAGAAACACAAAGUCCUGAUCCUAGGCUCCCCCAGGAGCCAGUGGGUGAUUGGCAACAGUCAGCCACUUCCAUUGGAUAGACGGUGUGCUUUCAUAGGUCAUGAACUUCCUUGCAGAAGCCUCAGGGUCUGUUUUGGCAGCAAGAGAAAUAAAGACAAAAGGCAGGAGGGGCAGGGGACCACAUCCCAGGAAUCAGAGCAGAGGCGGGCCCAGGGAGCAGGAAUAUUGCUCCAUGUUGCCAUCUGGUGGUGAGAAGGUGUGUCUGCGGGGAUCAGGAGGGAGGAACUAUCUAGGUGGGGCCUGGGAGGGGCCUUUUGGAGAUGGCAGCUCUGAGAUCACUUGUUUCUUCUGGUCCCAGCCACAUGGGCACUGGGCAGAGGAUUUGGAACCCCUCUGCCAUCUCUCUCUGCAUCUGUCCUGUUCCCUCUGCCGCCCUUCAUUCUGUUCACCUCCCUCCAAAGGAGGCAUUGUGGGAUGCCCUAAUGUCUUCCUCAAAUAUAAGGAGGACCAUACUAAAUAAAAAUCCAUAGUGUC